AUGACCACAAAGAGAAGAAAUCACGGACGUAACAAGAAGGGACGUGGACACGUCUGCUUCAUCCGCUGCACCAACUGUGGACGAUGCUGCCCCAAGGACAAGGCCAUCAAGAAGUUUGUCGUGAGAAACAUUGUCGAAGCCGCUGCUGUCCGUGAUAUCACCGAAGCUUCAGUCUACGAGCGUAAGUUGUUUUGUUUUUGUGUUUUAUUGGUUUAGGUUAAAGUAUAAGUGGAUUGGAGAAGGAAUAGUGGUUUAUCUAGAUGUUUUUGGGGUUACAGUGGUUUUGAGGAUAAUUUUAUAUAUACCUAUUUUUGUACUAUUUUAUGUAAUGAGGGCUUUGGGGAGUUUUUUUUUCUGUGUUUUAAGUAAGAGGCCCUUGCUAUACAAUUCUUUUACUUACUACAAUGAAUCUUAGGUUUAAAUUGUUAGAAAGCUUUUUGUUUCGCUGUUUUAUGAGUUUAAAAUAUGUUAGGCUUACUAAGGCAUAUAACUCUAGAGUCUAGACUGUUCUUUUUACUACAAUAUUUUAACUUUUGAACAAUAAACUGUCUUAUUAUCUCUAAAUAUAUCAAUUUUAGAAUACCCACUCCCAAAGCUGUACCACAAGCUCCACUAUUGCGUGUCGUGCGCCAUCCACAGCAAAGUCGUCAGAAACCGUUCCCGUGAAGCUCGUCGUGACCGUGACCCUCCACCACGUUUCGGCCGCCGCCCAGCUGACCGAUUCCCAGCUCGUCCAGGAGCCCCAGGAGCUGCUGCCCGUUAA